CUAUCGAAAUUUAAAACCCUCUACAAUGAAGCUGUAAAGAAAGACAUCAACCUACAGAAAAAUUCAAAGGAAUAUGCUGACUACAUUUUCCCCUAUACCUACCAUUGCAAUGAAGCAACUCUUGCAUUGGCUUAUGCCCUGACCAAAACUAUUUCAGAUCUUACUGAGAAUGACACAUUGAACAUUGAAGCGGCUAGGUUGGGCAAUCUUCCUGAAGGAGAGAACUUUACAAUGGCGAACUUCACCUAUGAAAAUUCAGUGGUUCUCUCAAGGAUGUUUUAUCAUUUAGAGAACACAAAAUUCCCAGGAAUCAGUGGAAAUGAGGUUAAGUUUGAUUAUCAAGGAAUUCGUUACAUUGAUCAAGUUAUAAUAUAUCAAUACCUAAACAAAAACAGUGAAUUUGAACGUGUUGAAGUUGGAUCUAUCAUCGAUAUUUGGGGAAAUAGUACCUUUGAGCCCUACAACAAUAGUACAUUUAUAUUUCCACAUGGUGAUCCCAUUGAUGGAGUACCAAUAGAAGAGGUUGUCAAUGUGUCGGGGGUCCUGGCAGGGAUCUAUAUUUUCCUUGCUGCUGGUGGACUUUUAUUUGCUACCAUUUGCCUCUUUUUUACAGUUUUAUUCCGAAAUAAAAGGUUGGUUCGUAUAUCCAGCCCCAACCUCAACUACAUUAUUGGAGUGGGGACCUUUUUUCUGUACCUCAACGUCAUUACCCUUGUCAUAGCUACCCACUAACAACCCUGAUACUAUCGUUAUUUUCUGCAAUAUCAAUCCAUGGCUGAUGUCUCUGGGUUACUCCCUCUGUUAUGGGACCAUCAUCAUCAAGAUGAUUCGGAUUUGGGUCAUAUUCAACCGACCAUUAGGAUUCAAGGCAAGAAUUGUUUAAAGACUACCUGAUGAUCCUAUUUGUACUGAGUCUGGCCAUCAUUGAUGUAAUCAUACUGCUACCAUACACUGUGACUGAGGCUGUGAAUGAUAACCUUGGGGUUAAACUGACCUC